GGCCUGCGCUGGCGGCGGCUCGGGCUAGGCGGGAGGGCGUGCGGGCGUGCGGAGCGGAGGGCGGCGGCGGCGGCGGCUAGUUCUCGGCGCGGUCGGCGAUCGCGCUCUGCCCCGGCUGCCCGCCGCUCCCCGCACCCGCUCGGCCCCGCAGAGCAGCGGCCAUGUCGCCGCGGCGCAGCAUCGUGGAGGUGAAGGUGCUGGACGUGCAGAAGCGGCGGGUGCCCAACAAGCAUUAUGUCUACAUCAUCCGGGUCACGUGGUCCAGCGGCUCCACUGAGGCCAUCUACCGGCGCUACAGCAAGUUCUUUGACCUUCAGAUGCAGAUGUUGGACAAGUUCCCCAUGGAAGGGGGGCAGAAGGACCCCAAGCAGCGGAUCAUCCCCUUCCUGCCAGGGAAAAUCCUCUUCCGGAGAAGCCACAUCCGGGACGUGGCCGUGAAACGCCUGAUUCCCAUCGAUGAGUACUGCAAGGCCCUGAUCCAGCUGCCCCCCUACAUCUCCCAGUGUGAUGAGGUGCUGCAGUUCUUUGAGACGCGGCCCGAGGACCUGAACCCCCCCAAAGAGGAGCAUGUUGGGAAGAAGAAAUCAGGGGGUGACUCGGCGGCAGCGGACGGCCUGGUGCUGGAGCAGUACGUGGUAGUGGCGGCCUACCAGAAGCAGGAGAGCUCGGAGAUCAGCCUCAGCGUGGGCCAGGUGGUGGACAUCAUCGAGAAGAACGAGUCAGGUUGGUGGUUCGUGAGCACGGCGGAGGAGCAGGGCUGGGUCCCCGCCACCUGCCUGGAAGGCCAGGAUGGAGCACAGGACGAGUUUCCCCUGCAGCCUGAAGAAGAGGAGAAGUACACUGUCAUCUACCCCUACACGGCCCGAGACCAGGAUGAGAUGAACCUGGAGAGGGGCGCGCUGGUGGAGGUCACCCAGAAGAACCUGGAAGGCUGGUGGAAGAUCAGGCACCAGGGCAGAGAGGGCUGGGCCCCAGCCUCCUACCUGAAGAAGAGCAGCGGAGAGCCGCUUCCCCCGAAGCUGGGCCCCGGCUCACCCUCCCACUCGGAGCUGGACGGGGCGUCUCGACCACAGGGUGCGGCGGGCAGGGACCGGGAGCCACAGGCCCCCCACCAGCGGGACGGCCGCUUCGAGGCCUGCCCGGCACCCGACGGUGACACCAAACAGCGGUCUCCCAAGAUGAGACAGAGACCCCCUCCACGCCGGGACAUGACGAUACCUCGAGGCCUGGACCUGCCGAAGCCCCCAGUACCGCCGCAGGUGGAGGAGGAGUACUACACCAUCGCUGAGUUCCAGACCACCAUCCCCGACGGCAUCAGCUUCCAGGCCGGCCUGAAGGUUGAGGUUAUCGAGAAGAACCUGAGCGGCUGGUGGUACAUCCAGAUUGAAGAGAAGGAGGGCUGGGCCCCAGCCACGUUCAUCGACAAGUACAAGAAGACCAGCAACGCCUCCAGGCCUAACUUCCUAGCGCCCCUGCCCGGAGAGGGGAGCCAGCUCUGGCCAGGGGACGCCUCGGCUAUGAACGGCGCCGGAGGGGAGGCCCCUGGCCCCUCCCGGCCCCUGCCUGACGCCCCCCACGGGGCCUCAGACCCCAGCACAGCCUGGGCCAAGGACUGGAAGGCUGCCAGCAAGGAGGUUCCCAGGAAGGGGCUGGAUGUGCCCUCGUAUGCCGGCUAUGAGAUCUCAGACCCGGACCUGGAGGAGAAACCCAGCCUCCCUCCCAGGAAGGAGUCCAUCAUCAAGUCGGAGGGCGAGCUGCAGAGGCUGGAGCAGCUCCGGGGCACCUCCCCCAAGCUGCCCGCGAUGAUUGUGCCCCUGACGCCCGCCAGGCACGCCCCCUCUGUCCGAGAUGCCCGGGGACGCCCCGAGCCCAGGCCCGACAAGGCCAAGAUGUUCCCCCUCAAGAACGAGAUGGGACUGGAAUGUGGCCACAAGGUCCUGGCCAUGGAGGUGAAGAAACCCCACCUGAGGCCCGUGCCCAAGGCCAAGGCCGAGCCCCCAGAUGAGAAGCUGGAGGCCGCACCCCAAAACCCCUUCUUGAAGUCCAGGCCUCAGGUCAGGCCCAAGCCGGCUGCCUCCCCCAGGACAGAGCCUCCGCAGGCCGAGGACCCCCUGGACAUCUGGGGCGUCCGGAGCAGGCUGCGGCCUGCCAGGGCUCAGGAGAAGACCUUGGUGGACGGGGAGAGCGGCCCCCAGCCCAGCGGGAGUCGGGGGCUCCCCUCUGCGGAGGGGCCGGUACACCUCCAGGAUGGGCCGGGCCCCAGGGAGCUGCCCUGCAGAGCGCCCCCCAGGCCCACCAAGUCCACGGACGCCGCAUUUAGGCCCCUGCCAAGCCCACCACCAGAGGCCUCCCAGCAGCGACCCGUGGUGCCUCCCCGACGCCCACCGCCCCCCAAGAAGACCACCUCCUCAUCCACCAGGCCCCUCCCCGAUAUCUGGGGCCCAUCGCGUGAGGUCAACGACGGCAAGGCCACUCCAGGCCCCAACCGGGCCCUGCUGGUGCCCCCCAAGGCAAACCCUUUCCUCCCCAAUUGCUCAGGGGGUCCCGAGGGCAGAGGGGGCCCCGGGCCAUGGAAGCCAGGUGAGAGCCGAGAGAAGGUGGCCACUGAUGGACUGAGGGACUGUGUGUACGUGGCUGUGGCCAGCUUCCAGGGUGAUGGGGACUCCAGCAGCUUCCAGGAGGGCACCGAGUUUGAGGUCCGUGAGAAGAACAGCAACGGCUGGUGGUUCUGUCAGGUGCUAAGCGGGGCGCCCUCCUGGGAAGGCUGGGUCCCCUCCAACUAUCUCCGCAAGAAGCCCUAGCCGCCCCCCGUCCACCCACCUGCCCGAGGCCUGCUCUCCUGCCCCCAUAUUUAACAUGCCUCUUAAUUUAUCGGUCUCCACCCGCGGCUGAUGGAAGAUUCUGGAAUCCCAUGGCUUCCUCCCCCACCCUGGACGGUGGACAGUGGCCCCACAUGCACGGUCCUGGCCACUUCUCCAUGUGGGCACCCUGCCUUAAGGCCACUGGCAUGGCCACCCAGCUUCCCAGCCACCCAACAAGGGGACUUGGGCCCCCUGGCCUGGUGAGCAGCAGAGAGGAAGGACCUCUGGCUGGACUUGAGGGGACACUGCAGAAGGUCACAGGCCCCCCCCCCCAUCCAGCCCACAGAUCCCAGAUGUGGCCACGCAGGGGCCUGGGGUCCCCUCAGCCGACCCGCCUGCCAUCUAUGUCAGGGUCCCAAUGCUCUAAAGAGAUGAUCUGGAGCCCCCAGCAAAUCUCAGUUUCCUGCUGGGGUCCCACCUAAACCCCUAGGUCUGCCUCCCUUGUGAUGUCACCACCCUUAUAGAUGUGGAAUCUGGGCUCCCCCGGCCCCAGGAGCUAAGAAGAGGGGACCUGGGGUACUGGGUGCUUGUGUACUUCCCCUGUGAGCCAGUCCAGGCUGGGGUGAGGGAGCUGGGCAGGUGUCCCCACCAGCUGGUGCCACCCAUCAAGAGGACUCAUAUGUGCAGUCUUGGGGCCCUGCUGGCUCAGGCCAGCAGCUGGGCUCACCCGGGCACCCCAGAGCAAGGCUGCCACUCACACUGAGGCUGUCGAGACAGCAGCUCGACUCUGCACCCCAAUGCCCAGGGCUGAGGGGGGAGCCUCAGCCCUGAGCCUCUGGUGUUAUAUACAUCCUCUGUCCUCUGGAGCCUCAGGCCAGCUUUCUGGGGUGCACCCUGCCGCCCUCCACCCACGGUGCCAAAGAUCAGUGCUCAGACCACCCUCUCCCGUCCCCCACACAUACACACAUGUAGAGCCCAGGGCUCCCACAUUGCCACAGAGGGGCGACAUGGCCCUUCCUCAGCUGCUGCACCCCCGCCCUGCGUCCUGGAGGGGCAGGGGCAUAAGGUACUUCUUGCAGGUGUCCCCAAACCCCUGGGCCCUCUGCUCAGAACCUGGGCGGGGGUGGAGGAGGGCAGGCCCUCCCGACACACCUUCCGGAGUCUAAUCUGCUUUGGCUUAAACAGCUUUAGCGGAAGCUGGGUUUGACGGCACCACAAAGCUCAGUCUCCCCUCCCCCAGCCUGAUUCCUACUGCUGUUGGUGCCGGUGUUUCAUGAGCACCUACUGCGUGCUAGUAGGGUGGGGUGCAGUGGCCCGACCCUGAGGACUGACUCGGAGACUUGGGUGGGGUCUCCUCGGCUAGGAAAGGACUCGCCUUUGCUUUAUUAUUUUUAUUACUAUUAUCACGGUUAUUGUUCCGAUGGGAACCUUACGUUCCAGGGACUCCUUGCCUCCUACCAGCAAGCUGGGCACAGCACCGGGAGUGGCUUCCCUCCUCCUCGUUCUGGCCUGCCCUGGAUAGAGGGCGACACCCCUGGGACUAUGGCCACACUGUCAUAGGAACUGGGGGCAGGGGGGCAUGCAGCCACCCUCCCCUCGAGGCUCUGGCCUGGGAAUAGUCGGAUGUAGAGGGGAUUAGGGGUCCCCGUUCCACCUCCAGGUGUUUAACACAGCCCCUCCCCAGGUCCCACCCCUGCCCGACCUGAGGGUCAGGGGUGGCAUCAUAUGACUUUGUCUAAAGGGUAACCUGGCUGCUGAGGCUGGAGUCUGCCUCUCCCCUGCCCCCUCCACCUGUGGCUUUGGGUAAAAGGCUCUUCUGGGGAGGUGGGCCAUCCUAUCUCCCAGCUGAGAGCUGUACCCCCAGUAUCCAGGAGGGCCGGUUAGGUUGGAGCAGUUUUGUACACACACACACACUGCCCCUUUCUUACGGUUUCGAGACCUGGUGUGAGGGAACAGAAGCAGCUUCACCGCAGGGCAGGUGCCUGACGACGUCAGAGAAAGGAGUUCAGGCCACCCCUGGACAGAUGGAACCCAGCACUGAGGGGCCAGAGAAAAGAUGCCUCUAGGUGGUGGGUCCCCCUGCCAGUAAGCCAGGCUCCCCGCACCCACAGCCAUACCAGCCCACAAACCAAAGAUUCCUGGUGCCUGGCUGUGAGUGAGCUGGGGGUGGGUGCCCUCGGUCCCCUGGACAGACUGCCACACCCCUGGGGGGGGGUCCCAGGCAGAAGUGGGGUAGGGGGAGAUGCAGAGUCCCAGCCUGGGGCAUCAUUAGCCUGCUCAGGGACCCACUGGGUGGGAGGGGCAGGUCUGGCUCCUGGUGCUACCCCACCGUGCCCACCACCAACUGCCUUCACUGGGCUCACCCAGCAGGGGUGCCACCCUUAGGACCUGAACUGUCCCAGCAUCUGCCCCUCCAUGCUCAUGGGUUGAUCCCUCUUGCAAGGCCAUGAGAAGCAGGGGGGCCCCACCCCCAGCUCCAGUUCACCCCCUGCCUCGGCCACCUACACCCCAGCUGAAGCACUCGCACCCCCUCUGCCGCCAGACACGAAGCCCUCUUACUGCUCUCCCCACAAACACGCUCUGGGGGUGUCCCUCAUUUCCCUUUAUCCCACCCCCCCAUAGUAAGGAUGCCCCCCCAUAGUGAGGGGGCGUGGCAGUUAGCCGUAGCAUGUGUAGACUGUAGACUUAACUGUUAGAAUUUUUUUCUUUUUUAAUAAAAAAAAAAAAAUGCUUGACUGGUUUCAAGCAUCCUGGUGACAAA